AGAUUCAUCAACAACAUGGAAACCAGAAACCAAACAGGUGUUUCAGAAUUCCUUCUCAUGGAGGUGACAGAGGAUCCAGAACUGCAGCCCCUCCUCUUCAGCCUGUUCCUGUCCAUGUACCUGGUCACCGUCCUGGGAAACCUGCUCAUCAUCCUGGCUGUCCUCUGUAACCCUCACCUGCACACACCCAUGUACUUCUUCCUGUCCAAUCUGUCCUUUACUGAUAUCUGUUUAAGCACAACUACAAUCCCAAAGAUAUUGCUAAAUAUCCAAGCACAAAGUCAGAGCAUCACUUACGUAGGCUGCCUCACCCAGACCUGCUUUGUCCUGGCUUUUGCUAGCUUGGAAAGUUUUCUUCUUGCAGCCAUGGCUUAUGACCGCUAUGUGGCCAUUUGUCACCCACUGAGGUACACAGUCAUCAUGAACCCCCGCCUCUGUGGUCUGCUGAUUCUAGUCUCCCUGUUCAUUUGCAUAGUGGAUUCCCUGCUCCACAGCCUGAUGCUGCUGCAGCUGUCUUUCUGCACAGAUGUUGAAAUCCCCCUCUUCUUCUGCGAAGUUGUUCAGGUCAUCAAGCUUGCCUGUUCUGAUACCCUCAUCAAUAAUAUCCUGAUAUAUUCUGCAAUGAGCAUAUUUGGUGGUAUUCCACUGUCUGGAGUCAUUUUUUCUUAUGCUCAGAUAGUAUCCUCAGUUUUGAAAAUGCCAUCAUCAGGCAGAAAGUACAAAGCUUUUUCCACCUGUGGGUCUCACCUCUCAGUUGUUUCCUUGUUCUACGGGACAGGUUUGGGGGUGUGCAUUAGUUCUGCAUGUUCUGAUUCUUCAAGAAAAACUGCAGUGGCUUCGACAAUUUACACUGUGGUUACUCCCAUAAUGAACCCCUUCAUCUACAGUCUGAGGAACAGGGACAUGAAAGAUGCCCUGAGGAAGCUCAUUGGCAGGACACCUUCUCUUCUCUAA